AUGACAUCUUUCCGCGCGCUCAAUGCCUUUUCGCCCAGCCAGGUGGAUCCUUUCAGGGCCUUUGCAGUGGGCCCCGGCGGGGCGAAGAUGAGAAGCUGCUCGGACUCCAAUGGAAGCGAGGCUCAACCCGAAACGGUGCAGCUGCCGACGGAGGUUUGCAGCUUCGAGCAGCUGCUGGAGCUGACCUACCGGGCGCUCCGCAGCAUCACCUGGCCCGACUGCACGUCGCGGCGCAACGUCAUGCAGAGCGGCCAGAAGAGCAUCAAGGCCUUCUGCUUGGGCUGCAUCAAGCCCUACUUUACGCCGCUGACGCUCAGCGCGAAGACGCGGUUGCUCCCGCGGGUCACGCGGCUCCUCACUCUGCUGGGCGAGACGAUGGACCCGACCUUCCGCUACACCUCCAUGCAGUGCAACAGCAUGUACUCCGCCCGCCUGCACGUGGACAAAAACAACCACGGGCCGUCCCAGAUCAUCGGGCUGGGACCCUACACGGGCGGAGAGCUGUGGGUGUACCAGGAGGAAGGGGGGAACAUCCCCAUGGUGGUGACGGAGCCGCUUCGGGGGUACCCGCACCUGACCGUCGGCAAGGUCAUCUACGGCAGGUUGCACAGCAUCCGCAACGCCUGGUUCUCCUUCGAUGGGAGAGUGCCGCACAGCGCGAUGCCUUUCGAAGGAGAUCGGCUCUCCAUCGUCUACUUCACGCGAAGCGGGGCGGGGUCCAUGCUCCCGCAGCUCCGUGAAGCUUUAGAAGACCUUGGAGUGCGCGUUCCGGAUCCCGAAUGGCUUGCAGCCACAGCGCCGGAAACUGCCUCGGCUUCGCGACCCCAGAAGAUGCCGCGCCUCAGUGAGCCUCAGCCGCCCGAUGACGACAGCGACGACGAUGAGGCCGACCUGGAAGCCGCGGAGCUCUCGACAGGCCGCAUGGACUUCGACGUCUUCCGGCAAGAGCUGCAGGUGCCCUGGCACCGCUUGGAGCUGCCCGUAGGGCUCACCAGCUGCUGCCCAGGUGUGGGUGCCGCGUAUGCGCUGCAGCAGCUGCUCCCGGUGGCGCCCACCCAGGUGUCCCUGGUCCAUGAAGGUGAAGUCUCAGAUGAGCUGUGCCGGCUGGGAAAGAACCUGCGAGUCCAGGAGUGCUUCAAGGAGCUGCCCUCGAGUUCUGCGCUGCGCCACUGCGAGGUGAGGAGGAGGAAGGAGGAGAUGAUGCCCGCCAGCGCAGAGCACAUCUUUCACGCGGAGUUCGAAGUGUUGCCGCUCAUGGCUUACUUCUUCAAGACAGGCCUCGAGCAGGACAAGGCGGUGCCGGCGCGGACGCUGCUGGCAAUCCAGGCGCACUUGCGCGAUCGGCAGCCCCCUGUGGCGCUGGUGGAGGUCCCGGACUGGGAGAAGCUGCACGGAAGCCAGCAGCGCCGCGCGUUGGACUUCAUCCGCGAGCAGAUCUCGGUGCCUGGGUACCACUUUGAGCUGGUCCUCGCACAGCUGCGGGACUACGGUCUGCCCCUGACUGGCUGUCGUCUUCAGGCCUUCAUGGCCCGCACGGACUGCAUGGGCCAGGAGAAGCUGAAGCAGACGGCACAGCUCGCCAAGCAUUUGGGCUCGCUGCUCCCGAAGUGCCGGGUGCAGGACUUCCUGCUCUCAGAGUCUGAGGAGCUUAGGGUCCCGGAUUGCAACAUCCUGUGGGACUGCCAUGGGUCGCUGGACAGCUUUAACGCGGCAAGGGUAAGGGGCAACGGCUCUGCCCGUGGCAUUCACAUUGUGCGUGACCCUGCACGCAUGCUGGCCUCUGCAUACUGCUAUCACCAUCGAGGAGAAGAACCCGGAAAUCCGUUGAGUCAUUUGCCGGAGAUGUUGUCGAUGGGACCUGUUGAGGGCAUGAUGACACUUUGGCCAGACAUGCUCCCACUCUUGGAUGAUAUGACAACGCUCUUUGCGGACAAGGAUGGCUUGUACCAUGUGCGGUACGAGAAUCUCACAGAGUCAUCCGCAAGCUUCGACCUGCAGAUUGGCGGUAUCUUCGACUUUCUCUUUGGAGGUCUUAUCUCCCGCAGUGAGAUGGAGUUGAUUGCAGAAGCUGCCAAAGAAGAAGAUCUGAACAGAGAUCAAUCCAUCACCAAAGGCAGCACACGCCAUACCAACUCUGAUGAGUGCACGGACGCGGCUUUGCAAGCCCAGUCCUCAAUGGACCAAAAAGUGCUGACUCAAUUGGAGGACCUCAAAGUGAGGCUGGGCUACUGA